AUGAUUUUAACACUACUAUUUUAACAGAAGAGGAUCUAACUGAUGAGCAAAUUGUUCAACUAGUUUUGGAAGAAGAAAAAGAUAAUAGUGAAAGUGAUGAUUCCGAAGUUGAAACUUCUCCAAUUUCUAUUAAACAAG